GAAAAGCGGCGACUCGUAACCGGCAACUAGUGAAAAUUUCAACACAUAAUUACAUUUUAUACGUAUGCAUAUACCUAAAACCAGCAAAGCCCACAAAUUACAUCAACCGUGGACGACAUGUUCUAUAUAAACGCCAGCAAUAGUAUGUAAGCUUUUCAUUUUAAACAGCUCACUAAAAGAUUCUUCUGUAGAUUACAUCAUUCGUGGGUGUCAAAGCUUUGCCGAGUAUGAAGGGAAUCUGAACAAAUUUCAUGUGUUUAAUUUUGAAGAAUUUUGCCAACCAAAAGUCGGAUGGAAACAAAUGUGGUAAGCAAUAUCUUGAAAAUACUCUGCACCAAUUCACAAUGGAGUUAUGUUAUGUUUUGGAAGCUUCGUCAACUAGAGAAUUUCAAGAUUUUGACAUGCGAAGAAUGGUAUUGUGACUCCAAAAUGUCAAAGAGUACCUGCCAAAUCAUAUUAAGCGAUUAUUCCCCAACGCAAGAGGCUGUUAUAGGUUAUGGAUUUGAAACAAAUACUGGUGAUGUACAAGAAUUGGAGAAUCCUCUUAAAUCUGCAGUAGUUGAUAUGUCAAGUUAUCAAUAUUUACUAGGAGAUGGGAUGGUUGGAAGAGUUGUUGUAGCUGAGACAGAUUUAUGGAUUUAUUCGGACAACAAUGAGUCAACGUCUGAACUCAUUUAUAGUUUGGAGUAUCCUGAUGAGUGGAUGAUAUCUAAAGCAGUUGGAAUUAAGACAACUUUACUAGCACCUGUAUUACCAUAUGGAAUUCUACAACUAGGCUCAUUUCAAAAGGUUGCUGAAAGCCUGACAGUAGGUAUUGAAUUAAGGGAUAGGUUCUUUACUCUUUCAGGCACAACAAUUGGCAACUUAUUGUCCAAUUACGAUGAUAUUCCUCUUCUUUGCCCUUCAUUAGCUAUGCUGGAACCAGAAAACAAUAGCGAUCCAUCCGAUUGGAACUGUCUACACAUAAUGGAAUAUGAGGACAUGAAUGUAAAUCAUGCUACUGAAUUCACAGAUUAUAAUUUGUCGACUGCUGAUCAACUUGUUCCGUUAAUAGGUCAAAAUUGUCUUGCACUGGAGGAACAUCCUUUCUUUAUUGGUGACCAGAAUAUAUUUUAUCCAUUAAGUCUAGAUACCAAUGUCGUUUCAACUACAUCAAGUGAGUUUGUUUAUCCUGACGAGAGACUAGAUACCACAGAAAUGUGGAUGCUUUCUUACCAAGAGGAAUAUUUUGAUGAUGGUAUAGUUAAUGGAGACUCAUGUGAUGGUAUCCAGAAUGGUUUCGUACCAGAACAUAUAACCGAAAUCACUCACAGUAACAUUGAUAAUAUAAAAGGGUUUGCAAGAGACUGUGAUAUACAAGUAAAGAACUAUAGGCAGUACUCACAAGACUCAUGUACGGAAUACUUAUACGCGAGUGAAGGCUUUGGAUUAUGUGAAAAUUUUAACGAAUGUGGUGAGGAAGAGCAACAUGUAACGAAUGUGCUUGCUGCUUCAUAUAAUAACGAAGAUAUUACUCUAUGUUAUGGUCAUGAUACAAGCAUAUCACCUUCCAUUGUACUAACGGAAAGCAGUCCUCCGUUUCAAGUGCAACAGUCUGCUUCAAGAAAUCUUGAUACCUUAUAUGUAAGGCAAUACAGUUGUACAUCAAAAUAUCAUAAUGCGGAUGCUAGAAUUCUAGCUUCACCUCUGCCAUUGAAUACUUUAGAAAGUACUGUUAUUGGAGGUGAUUCAUGGUUAGAAUGUACUUAUGAUCUAUACAAUAAGAAUACUAAAGUGCCAAAAUUCAAGAGGGGAAAGCAAACACCAAAAACUAAUUUUAGACCGAGGCCAAGAGAUAGACAACUUAUUCAAGAUCGACUCAAAGAGUUGCGCCAAUUGCUCCCAGAUAGUAAAAAAUGCAGUAUCGAUGAACUGCUGGACCAAACUACAAACCAUAUGUUGUUCUUGAAAAGUAUGGUUGAACAGGCUGAGAAAGUGAAGCAAUUCAAUGCUCAUGAGGUAAGUACAAAGAAUUCUCACAAAAACAUGGCCUCAAAAGCAAGAGAUAACAUUAACACAUGCCCUAUAAUCGUGAAAGAUUUGGAUCAUCCUUGUCAAUUUCUUAUAGAGAUGAUUUGCAUUAAUGAAGGAGUCUUCUUUGAGAUGGCUGAAGUAAUGCACAAAUUGAACUUGACAAUACUGAAAGGGUUCAUGGAAAUUCGUUGCAAGCAAUGGGCAAGCUUCAAUGUUCAAGCUUUGAAGGGAUUUAACAGACUGGACAUAUUUUGGCCACUAAUGCGAAUACUACAACAAAAUGGAAAUUGGAUGACUGACCAGUGGUGUCCACAAAAUUACGUGUGUCGACAAUCACCUAAAUAUAGAAUGUAAAGGAUAUUUAAGAACCUAAUUAGCACUUGCAUGCUGUUAUGUAAUUUGAUAGUACUCCGAUAGAAGUUUACGAUAAUGAACUUUAUUUUAACCAUGAGAUAAAAUUUUCACAAGGAGUAGAGAAUGCACUCAAACAAUUGAUGUUCUGACAUCUUCAUCAAUAUUUAUAAACCACAAAUGCUA